AUGUUAAAUCUCAUACCCAAAAGAGUUGUUUCCAACACUUUGCUCUAUGGAAAAAGGCCAAUUCAGAGAAUUCGUGUUGGGAAAGAUAAGAAUGUUUUGGAAUUAAGCCUAAGUGAUGUAAAUACAAUUUAUGACGAUAUCGAUGAAAAGACACAUUUACAUAAUAAAGACUACAACCCUUUGAAGUAUCAUAGAUAUGUGAAGUACAAAAUAGCUGCCUUAAAUCUAAUUGAAGCACAUAAAAAUGAAGAAAACAAAAAAACAGCACUAACAAAUAUUACAUGGUAUGCAAAAAUUAGGGACUAUUUUUUUAUACACUUUUGCAAGAAUCAAAUUGAAUUAAAAGAAAAAAUUGCUCCAAAAUUUUUUUACCCAAUGGAAAAGUAG